AUGUUUUAAAAUAUAAAGAAUGUCUGCGACCUAUCUUUGAUGUUUCUCCAGUUUUGGUUUUUUUAUCAUCUGAGAUAAUCAAUGCUGUAAAAAUGUACAAAUAUAAUUUGAGCAAGGUUGAUAAUGAGGUUGAAGAACUGGAAGAUGUCAAAAUUUGUUCCUUUCAGCUAAAUGCAAUUAAAAAGAUAUAUGAAGUUUUUAAAGGAAUUACAAGUGACAAUGUUAAUUCCUUCAGAAUCAUGAUUAUCGAAUUAUAUCACCUUUUUAUAUUGUGUUAUUUGCCUGAUGCAGUAGAAGGAAAAUAUCUGGAAUGUGUGAAAAACGUGUUGCUGAAAAAUGUUCAACCAAUGACAGCACUUUUGUUUACCGACUCUUUGUUUAUGACAUCUGUUCUUCAAAUAAACACAGAAGCAUUUGAAAGUGAAUAUCAACUAGCUGUUAUUUUGCUAAAAUUGGUGUCUAUGGAUUUUCUUCAGUCACCUGUAGACGUUUCUGCGAUUUCUUCGGAGUACGUGUUUACGAAUUUUUUUUCAAUUCUGGAAGAAAAUAAACCUGUUGAUGAUCUAACAUUUUUAUCAAUUCGAAUACCGCAUUCAUUGUUUAGUCGAAGUGAAGAUCUUAGGUUAUCUACACUAUAUGAGAUUGCAUAUGCUCAUCUUUCAACUUAUUUAAAAUGUAUUUCUGAUUCUCAGUUCUUGAAUUUGAAAGACAUCAUAAAAAAGCACUUAACUUCAGACAUCCCUACUGUUUCUCUGCUGAUUUCAGAUACUGUUAUGUAUCGUUUGAGAUGCAGUUCUACUGAAUAUUUAUGUACCUACUGCAUAUCCUUUGCUGAAAACUGGUCACAAAUUGAUACUUCAAUCAACAUGCAGAUUUUCCUUAAAAGGAUGUUGAAAUUUUUGCCUUUCCAUGAAAAAAAGAAGGUAUUUGGAAAAAAAAGUGGCACAUUACAAAUUUUAGAAAUGGAUUCUCAUAAGUUGCAGCAUAGGUAUGGAAUACCUGAACUUUCACAAUCCCCACCUGAGAGCAUAUUUGAUCCAAAUGAACAGAUCUGUUUGCUUAUGCGUCAUACAGAGGGGCCUUUCCCAAAUGACAUACAGAGGAAAAAUGAAAAAUAUUGCAAACUUUUGGAACUGUGUGCCCUCUUUGUGAAUAUAGCUCAGUGUGCUGUACUACUUAAAUUUACAGAAUUUGCUAGUCAUAUGUUCAAAUCUGAAGUGUUUGAAGUGCAGAUGGCAGUUUUGACAUUUGUAAAGGCAUGGAAGAAAAAGAAUAUUUCAAGUGCAGAACCUCAAUUUGAAGAAACACUAAAGAAUUUUGCAAUGCUAGUUGCUGAAACACUAUGCUGCAAAAAUUACAUAGUACAGAAUGAAGCUGUCAGUACCUGUGUCACUUUAUUUAAGUUUAAUCCUCAGAUCAGAAUAAUGAAAGAAAUUCUGGGGAUACCUUCUGCAACAGUUUUAAAAUCUCACAUAGCUGCUAUUCCAUUGCACAGUUUCUUGUCUGAAAAAGAGCAAAAUAAGAACUUCCAAACGCAGUUAUCAUUAUUUAAAGAUUUACUAAGUGCAUCUUCAAAAAGUUGAAAAACUGCUAUUCCUUUUAUUUUCAAAUGAAUGAGCUGGUGAUUCCUAAUUUAUAACUAACUAAUGAAUACAUAUGAACUGUUGGCAAAAAUAAAAUUUUAACAGUAGCUCAAGAACCACUUAAACUAGAUUUGGUUUUAAAUAAAGUAGUAGUAUAAAUUGUCAGACACUGAAAACUGUUUUGUAGUAUGUAUAUCUUCUUUAACAUAUCAAAUUAAAUUUUGUUUUAAAAUGAAUAAUUUUAAAAUAUUUUUUUUAUAUAAUUAAAAGGGGAAAGUAUGCA